UGCCCAGUAAUCACAGACCGGGAUUCGGGAUGAAGUACUCCAUAUUCUCUGCUAAGGCCCUCGUACUGGGACUCUGUUCUUUCGUGGGGGCCCAUAUCGACACAUUCUCGCCCGGCGGCCAGAGCGAUAUUUUUUAUAGCAUCACAGCUCCCAGGAGCACUGUAUCUACCGGCUCGGGGCCUAUCUUCUUUCAGAUUCGCGCUCCGACGACUUUGCAAUGGGUAGCUCUUGGUCAGGGGACACAGAUGACGGGUGCCGACAUUUUCGUCCUAUACUCGUCGUCAUCAAGCAACGUAACUCUAUCACCUCGUCUAGGGACAGGCCAUGUACCACCAAGGUACAACCCUAGCGCCAAGAUCUCCCUCCUUGAGGGAAGUGGCAUUCAAAAUGGUGUGAUGACGGCGAAUGUGCGCUGCGACACCUGCAACUAUUUAGCCAGUUCCCCAUGGAUAUUUGCAUAUAGGGACGGGACAUCUCUCGACUCCGAGAGCCCAGAAGCCGAGAUAAGCAUCCACAAUGACUUUGGUUCGACAAAUGUGGCGUUGGCAAAUGCCGUCUCGACCAUGGACAACCCUUUCCUGGACUACGAUCCAAGAGACCCCUUGAAUCAGCCUAGUGAGGUAGGAGGAGGUGCGAGAAGCAACGCGCGUAUGCUGAUUGCUCACGGCUUUAUCAUGAGCAUUGCAUUUGUUCUUCUGUUUCCAUUUUUUGGGCUGCUUGUUGCCAUUCCCAUGCGCGGUGUUGUCGCCAAGGUGCAUGCGCCACUUCAGAUAUUCACUCUCUCCUCCGUUAUUGCAGGGAUGGGUCUGGGUCUUAAAAUGGGAACGGACGGUGAUAUUUUGGAUCAUGCCCACCCAAUACUCGGGCUCAUUGUUGUUGGACUGCUCAUUCUGCUCCAACCAGCCAUGGGUCUGCUGCAGCAUCUGCAUUUUCGGCGCACAGGGAAAAAGAGUUAUUUUUCCGUUCUCCAUCGAUGGCUUGGUCGUUUGGCUAUCAUCUUAGGUGUUAUAACUGGUGGGCUUGGCUUUAAGUUGGUAGGUAUUGACAGCAGUCCGUAUACGCCUAAGAGCGCUGUUAUUGCCUAUUCCGUCAUUGCUGGCGUUAUGGGCCUUGUGUAUGUGGCAGUCCAGGUGCUGAGGACCAUACGAGAGGGCGCCAGAAGUAACAGAGAUCUCUAUGGACGUAAGGCGGCUGAAGGCUCGACGGACGCCGGGACUAACAGCCAGGAUGCAUGA